AUGGAAGCUUGCUCUGAUCUUGAAGUGGACAUCAACGGAGAAGAAACUAUCUUUCUCAAUAAGCAAAUCAUAUGUGCAUAUUCUGGAACAUUGAAGAAACUGCUUGGGAAAUCUACUUGUUCCAAAGGAAAUGUCAAGGUGAUCUUCAAUGAUUUCCCUGGUGGAUCGGAAAGUUUCGAGCUUGUAUCGAGAUUCUGUUAUAGAAACGGUGAAUUUACUGUAAUGCCUUCGAAUGUAGUCUUCUUGCAUUGUGCUGCUAAGUUUAUGGAAGUUCCUAAAGUCUUGGAACAAACAGAGAAAUGUAUGGUAGAUAUUAGGUAUUGGGCUUGGCCUGAGCUUCUUCUUGGUUUAAAACAGUGUCAAGAACUUGAAACAUCUUCCGAAGCUGAUUCUUUAGCAGCGAAACUGAUGGAUGCGCUGGUGGAGAAACUGUGUUUAACCGUAAUUGAAGCGAGUCCCUCUAGUGCUGCUUCUGCUUGUUCACCAGAUAGCAGCUUGUUUCGGUUUUCUUGUGAUAGUAAAAGCACAGAGAGUUUCAAGAAUAGCUAUGCUCGCUUGACAUGGUGGUUCGAUGAGGUUCUUGUUCUAAGUCCUGGUUUGGUUGAAACGUUCUUGAAGCUGAUGGUAUCGCGGAAAUUCGAUAAUCUUAUCUUAAGUAGGUUCUUGUUCUAUUACCAGAAGGUCAAGUUUUGUUCUGCGUCUUCUAAUGAGAAAAGAAAGAUCCUUGAGAUCACCAUUGAUACUCUUUGUGUUCUCGAUCGAAGCUGUGUCCCUUGCAAGAGCCUUUUCGGGGUUUUGAGGCUUGCUCUUGGAUUGCAUAUGAACAAAAGCAUUAUGAACAAGCUAGAGCUUAUGAUCGGUCACCAAUUGGAUCAAGCAACACUUGACAAUCUUCUAGUUCCAUCUCCAUCAAAAUCGAGUCACUUGUACUAUGUGAAUCUCGUUCUUAGACUCACAAAAGCCUUCUUAGACGGAGCAAGAGGAGGAUCGCAACUGAAGAAAGUCGCAAGCUUGAUUGAUCAGUACAUAGCUGAAGUAGCACCUGAUCCUUGCUUGAAACCUUCAAAGUUUUUGUCUCUCCUCACAGCCAUUCCAGAUUCAGCCAGAGAAUCUCACGAAGAAAUCUACCGUGCUAUCGAUAUGUAUCUUGAGGCUCAUGCAGGAUUAACCAAUGGCGAAAAACUCAACUUGAUAAGAACACUAUGUAACGAGAAGCUAUCAGGCGAAUCAAGAGGACACAUAUCGCGUAACCAUAAGUUUCAGGCGAUUGAGACACCAGACGAACAACAACAAGAGAAGCAACUCGUACUCCGAGUAGAGAAGGUUGAGAUUUCGGGAGAAAACGAGAAGUUGAAGGAACAUAUCGAAGGGAUUCAAUGGAGGGUAAUGGAAUUGGAGAGAGCGUGUUUGAAAAUGCAGAAUCAAAUGGAAGUCAUCAAGAAGAGAUCCAAGAACUCGAGCAGAGGAAGCAACAGAUCGCUUCCUAAGCUCUGUUCUUGA